AUGGUUUACCGACUCCUGAUAGCCAUCAUCGCGAGCAUCACGCUGUCUCUUCUCCCUUGCCCAGUGGCAGCCGGUACGGUCCAGGACCUCGAAGCCGCGGUGCAACAGUCGCAAGCGUACUUCGACAUUGGCAACAAAUGCUCCAAAUGCGCCCUCGCAGGUGAUGACGGCGGUUCGGGCUGCUGGGGCAUGCGAGAGAAGUCGGCGGUGUACGCGUCUGGGUGUGCGAAUGGCGAGACGGACUGCUUCUGCGCUAAGCAACGGGCAGAGGACAUCGAAGACUCGAUUCGGGAAAUGGCGAGCAAACUGGCAAGACAUUGCGAUAUUGACAGUGGCAUUGCCGUCUCACUGGCUCUGGAAGGAUAUCAGUCAUUCUGCAUUGAGGUUGGCUUUGGGACACAGACCACAGCGUCUACGAUCACAUCAACACGCUUAGCUGAUCAGCCUACGUCGAGCGACGGCAGCGGCGGCGACGAGGGCGGCGACGAGGGCGGCGACGAGGGCGGCGACGAGGGCGGCGACGAGGGCGGCGACGAGGGCGGCGACGAGGAUCCCGGGGACUCCAGUGGCAGCGGUCUCUCGCGGUCAGAGAUCAUCACGAUAGUCGCAAUUCUUGCCAGCUCGGCCACCCAGCUACCCUCUUCGCGUGCUGUGGGCAAAGAUGAGAGGCCCUGA